GACGAGGACUACGAGGCGGAGGGGGUGAACCCCAAGCGGGCCCGCCGCGCCAUCUCGCCCGCGGUGCCCGCUGCGGGUCCCACCGCCCGCCCGCCGCCCCGCAACACGCGGCUGCCCGCGGACAAGCUGCCCACCGGCAUUGCGGACCUGCCGCAGCAGCUCAACGUGUCCUGCAACGACGUGGCGGGCACCUUCAUCAUGGACGGCAUCAAGGUGCUGUGCCACUGCAAGGACUGUGUGGACGCGCCCCGCAGCGCGCGCGAGUUCCACCCCACCCACUGGGAGCAGCACUGCGGCGCCGGCACCGCCAAGAAGUGGAAGGCAUCCAUCAAGAUCGAGCCGGGCGGCGCCCCGGAGGUGCCGGCGGGCGGCAACCCCAUGCAGAUCGGCAAGUGGUUCGACAUGCUGGGGGUGGAGUUCAGGCCGGCCAAGACCACGGGUGGGCCCCCCGUGUUGGAGUUCACGGGUGCCACCAUCCGGCGCAUGGAGGCGGAGGUCGCCGGGGGCCCCGCCCCGCCCUCCUACCCGCCGCCCUACCAGCCCGCUCCGCCGCCUGCCAGCCACCAGCCCACUCCGCCGCCCUCGCAGCCCCCCGCACCGCCGCUGCCCCAGCGCUCCGGGCGGCCCUCGCAGCCCACACCACCGCUGCGCAGCAGCAGCGGUGGCCUCGCAACCUCACAAGGCGGGGGCGGCGGCAUGUUGCCCCUUCCUGGCGCCGGCAUGGGCGGCGGCGGCGGCUCCGCCUCCGCUGGCGGCGGCAGCGGCUCGCGGCGCACCGAGGACGGCGGCGGCGUCGUGGUCGGCGGCGGCGCCGGCAGCUCCAAGCCGCCUCGCCCCGUGAGUGACGGUGACGGGGAGGGGGACGGGGACGCUGACUACUGCCCCAGUACCGCCCCAACCGGCCCGCCCUCCGCACCGCGCCGCGUCGCCGAGGGCUUUGUCGGCGGCCCGCGCGACGGCGGCGCGGGCGAGGAGGGCGAGAGCAGCAGCCGGGGCAGCGCCUCCGACACGCUGGGCCCGCACGCCACCGCCUGACUCCACCACAAGCCACCACUUGAGAGACCCCGCUGCAAGGGGGGCACCCUCGCCGCGCCGCCUCCGCCACUGCCACUGCCUCCUCGCGAAGCGAAGUGAACUACUGCUGCUGCUGGCUGAUGCUGUUGCCGCGGAUUGAGGGGAGAAGUGUUUGGGGCGGGGGGGGGUCGGGCAGCAUGGAGAUGGGGCGGAGAUGAGCCGCAACACUGUGUGGCGAAAGAGGACCCACAUCGCUCCGGACAGCGCGUGCGUGUAGGGCUGGGGUAGGGUGGUGGCGGCAGCAGCCGGGCAGCAAGUGGUUUACUGAGCUGAGCGGGAGGCGGUGGUGGAGGCGGGCGGGCGCGAGAGGUGGUGGACGGUGGUGGUGGUGGUGGUGGUGGUGCGGGACAUGGCCCGGACGUGUUGGAUGGCGCUGCUCCGGUUGCUGCUGCUGCUGCCGCUGCUUGGGGUGGUGCGAGGGCAUUGUUGCUACAUUUCUGACUGGAAAGCCCGUUUUGUGUUUUGACGUCCCCGCCUGAAGCUGCCGCUACGUCCCCCGUGGGGGCUAUGCGUGAGCCCCCAUAAUUGUUUGUUGCUUUCCCGAACCCCCGGCUAUGCUUGUUGGUAUCCCCGACAUGCGUUUGGCCCCUUGGCUUAACUGUCACCUGACAGAAAUGCUUGUUGUUGCGCACGGAGAAUGCUUUUGCUUGUUAUGCCGUUGCGAGGCCUGAACCAUCUCGAUACUUUGGGGUAUUGCUGUUACAUUGCUAUGGGUGAAAGGGGCUCGGAUGGGGGUGGGGGGUUUUGAGAAAGGGAAUGGGUUGCUGGCGUGCCGCUUGGUGGCACUUGCACUUGCGGGGUGGUGUGCUUUGCGGAUGUGUGCUGCUUGGGUGUCUAUGUCUGUGCAUAUGUCUGUAUUGGAAAGGUCUGUACUUACCGUGGCGGCCGCAAACCUGCUGUUUCCGUGCCACGCCCCUGCCUUACCGUAUCUCGAUUUUUGCGGCUGCCGAUUUCGUUUUGUUGGCCUGGGUCCCCGGAUUAAACGCUACUUGCGCUGAAACUGCGUCACACAUAGUUCCCGCUAUUUAACGUGAGGCCUGCACGCCGGCCGUGCGGGCGUCCCGGUGUACCGCGUACCGGCAGCCUUGCUAAGCCGGCACUGCAGGCCACAUCUUUCUCGGAACCUCGACAACUUGCGAGUCGGGAAAGAGCCCUUGUUUUAGCUUGGUGUGGUCUCUUGCGUGCGCGCUUUUGUGUUUGGGGGUGUUAUGUUGGCGGAUUUGGGGGCAUUUAUCACAUUACCAUGACGCUAGGAACCGGCGGGCGAACGGCACACAGCUGGGGCCGCCAGUACAUAACGGUUUCGGAGGGGUCUGUGGGUCAACGGGGUUGGGCUGUGUGGGGAUGGCGGGGGUGACGACGGGGUAGUUGCGGACAAGCACUGUCGUCACAAAGAUGUGACCCGUGGGUCGUCUGACCCACUGCUGCCCCCCGCCCGGGUAGCUGCCGGCGCCGCAGAGGCGCCUGUGUGGCCCGAGCAGUGGGGUGCGGCGGGCGGGAGGUGGCGCGGAGGGGUGGAGGCAGAUUGGUUUUGGCGGUCUGCCUAGACGGAGCAACAUACCUGCUACAUGUCUGCCGCUGCUGCGCUGUGAGGGGGAUGUGUUGGCGCCUGGAGGAGACGCGGCACCCGGCGGAUUGCGGCGGUUGCUCGACCGGGCUCUUGAAACCUGAAGGACUUGUUGACCUGUUAGGCGCGGUGAUGACCUGGGGA